ACAUGUUCAUACAUAAAGACAAUGGACAUGUUUAUGGUAUUUGACUACUGCACUUUGGAGGUUAGUUUCUUUAUUUGGAGGGAAUAAAGUAAAAUGUAAAGUUGGAACGACGUUUAUUUGCGGAAAAAUGGCUCAACAGGAUGUUCUUCAACAGCUAGAUGUGAACGUGGACCAUUCGCCGGUACGGAAACGUGCCAGAUUCGAUGACCCUUCAUUAGAUGAGAACAAGAGGAGCGUGUGGAGCCUGACUAACAGGGAUGUGAUCCUUGAUGAGGUUUACGAUCAUGGAAUUGGUCGGUUGGACUGCGAUUUUGAUGAUUUGCCCCUUGAAGGUGACACGAUUUUCAAUGGACAUCAGCCCAAAGGAGUGGACGUGUCUUGUGCCUCAAUGACUCCAGAUACCAGAGGCAAACAUGUUGCUGUUUUAGGAUCGACAUUACCUAAAGAUGCGUAUGAUAAAUUUUCAGUUGGAGAGUGGAGUGAUUUGUUGGUCACCAAGACUGUUGUACAGACUACCGAUAAAAUUAAUUAUUUUGAUCUCUUAAGCGACGAAGUGAUUCUUCAAGUAUUCAGAUGGCUACCAAAGAGCAAUUUAAAGGACGUAGCACUAUGUUGUAAGAGAUUUUAUAGACUCAGUGAGGAUGAGAGUCUGUGGACUCGAAUGGACCUGGCCGGCAAACAUUUGAAAUCCGGCCAAUUAGGCAUCGUACUCAGUAAGCAAGUGGUCGUCCUACGAUUGGCACGUUCAGAGAUCAUGGACGUAACGAUCCAACCCGGAUGCCAAGCCUUUGAGGCUGAUUUCCAAUCCAGGCUGUUGUAUUUAGAUUUAAGUAUGGCCUGCAUUGCGUCAGACAGUUUAGUUGUGCUGUUCAACAAAUGUAGAAGACUGAAGAAGUUAAGUUUGGAGAACGUUCGGGUGAACGACUCCGUGCUGUUGGCAUUAUCAGCCAACAAAGACAUUGAAGUGAUCAAUUUUGCCAUGUGUUCAGGAAUACGAGUGGAUGGUCUUGAGCACUUGCUCUCAAAUUGCAAGCAAAUCACAGAGCUGAACAUUGCGUGGACCUAUCUGAGUUCGAAUAGUAUUAAAUAUAUUUGUGAAAAUCUGUCACCUACCAUGGACAGAUUGAACUUUUCUGGCUGUAGGAAGCUGAUGACUGAUAGAUAUGUUGCUUCAUUAGUCUCCAGUUGCCCAAAACUUAGGGAACUUGACUUGUCUGAUUGUACAGUUAUAACCGGGGAAUCCAUUAAACAGAUAACUAUUCUCAACAAACUAACCUUUGUUGCCCUCUCUAGAUGUUAUUUCAUACCCUACAAAGCCAUAUCAAUGUUAAAGAAACUGCCAAACUUGUUGUAUCUGGACAUACAUGGAGGGUACAUCGAAGCUACCGAGCUGAAGGAAAUCCAAAAGGACUUGGGAAACUCAGUACAGAUCAACCAGUUCAAAUUCAGCUCGAUUGCUAGGCCCACCGUUGGCGUGCACCGCUCUAGUAUUUGGAACAUGAGAGUCCGCGAAUGAGGCUUGCAUCAUAAAACAUUAAAAUUACAAUUACUUGAAGAAGUUAAGAGACUCUAGUUUUUAUUGUUUAUUUAUUGUAUUUUUUAUUAUUUAGAGGUGAGGACAUUUUCAUUUUCAUUUGACUCGAUUCAACAUUGUAACAAAAGAUGUACUUAACCGACGGUCGAGGUUACUUGAAGGCGAGAGUGUCCGGCCCUAUUCAAAUAGAUAUUGAAGUUUCA